CGACCCGAUAUCUUCCCCGGUUAUGAUACUUUCGAACCCUCUGUUCCCCUUCGUCUUCCCUUCGAUCUUCCCUGGAACCCUUCUCUUUCUUUGUGGCUCGAUCUCUGCAAAUCACAACUUCCAAAUCUCUUGUUCCAAGCCCGAUCGAAGCUUUCCCUUCAUUCCGUCCUUCUUCGGAAGCUUUCCAUCAGCUCCGAACUCGAAUUUUCGUCCCCUCUCCCCUCACCCUUCUCUUGCUUCUGCCGUCUCGGCCACUGAAACAAUCCCUCUCAGAAGAAAAACCAUCCUCUCUCGCGUAUUCUGCGAUUUGGGCUGAUUUUGCUGUGUGUCUGCUGUGACUUUUAGGUAGCUUAGUUUAAAAUCAUGGCUACUCUGAAAGACCUUCUUCCUGCUGCAAAGUCAACCAGUGUAACACACUACGAUCAUUCAAAUGAUCCAUGGUUCAAGCAGCGGUUUAGUUCAUCUGAAGCAGAGCAAACUUCUGUUGUUAAGGUGAAUCCUGUGCCGCCUUACUUGAAGCGUGGUGGAUUUGUUCCUAGGAAAGUAGAGGAUUUUGGAGAUGGCGGUGCGUUUCCAGAGAUUCACAUUGCUCAAUAUCCACUUGACAUGGGUAGAGACAAAUUGUCGAAGCCCGGAUCGAAGAUACUUCCUAUUACAGUGGAUGCGCACGGAAAUGUUGCAUAUGAUGCCAUUGUCAAGCAGAAUGAAAAUGCUAAAAAGAUUGUCUAUUCGCAACAUAAAGACCUCAUUCCAAUGAUUUUGAAAAAUGAUGAAGUGAGUGAUGAAGAUGAAGAAUUGCAGAAAGAGAUUGAAGAAACAACUGAGGAAACAAAGUCUGCACUUGAAAAGAUAGUGAAUGUAAGAUUGAGUGCAGCGCAGCCUAAAAAUGUACCCAAACAAUCAUCGGAUUCGAAGUUCAUCAAGUAUAAGCCAUCUCAACAAUCAGCUGCGUUUAAUUCAGGCGCCAAGGAGAGAAUAAUUAGAAUGGUGGAGAUGCCUGUAGAUCCACUCGAGCCUCCAAAGUUCAAGCAUAAACGUGUUCCUAGAGCUUCGGGGUCUCCGCCUGUGCCUGUUAUGCAUUCCCCUCCUCGCCCUGUCACUGUGAAGGAUCAGCAGGAUUGGAAGAUUCCACCUUGUAUUUCAAACUGGAAGAAUCCUAAAGGUUAUACAAUCCCGCUUGACAAGCGCCUUGCGGCCGACGGGAGAGGCCUUCAAGAAGUUCAAAUCAAUGAUAAUUUUGCAAAGCUAUCUGAAGCACUCUAUGUUGCAGAACAGAAAGCAAGAGAAGCAGUUGCAAUGAGAUCCAAGGUUCAGAAAGAAAUGCUUAUGAAGCAGAAGGAGAAGAAGGAGCUGGAGCUCCGAGCCUUAGCUCAGAAAGCUCGGUCUGAGAGAACUGGAGCUGCACCUCCUUCUGUGGUUGCUUAUCCAUCUGAGAGGAGCACAGUAGAUACUUCUGAGAUGAGAGGGGAGUUCGAGCGUGUAAGAGAAAAAGAUAAGGAUUUACCAAAGGAGACCAGGGAAGAAAGGGAAGAGCGGUUGCAACGGGAGAAGAUACGAGAGGAACGACGUCGAGAGAGGGAAAGGGAACGGAGGUUGGAGGCCAAAGAUGCAGCAAUGGGAAAGAAAAGUAAGAUUACGAGAGAUAGAGAUCGUGAUAUUAGUGAGAAGGUUGCACUAGGUAUGGCUUCUACCGGAGCAGGUAGGGAGGGAGAGGUUAUGUAUGACCAGAGGCUAUUUAACCAAGACAAAGGAAUGGACUCUGGGUUCGCCACGGACGACCAGUAUAAUAUAUACGACAAGGGCUUAUUUACCGCUCAACCCACUCUUUCAACCCUUUACAGACCCAAAAAGGAUGCUGAUUCUGAUAUGUAUGGAGGUGCUGAUGAACAGCUAGACAAGAUAAUGAAGACCGAUCGCUUCAAACCAGACAAGUCGUUUUCGGGCACUGCAGAAAGGUCAGGACCUAGAGACAGGCCAGUUGAGUUUGAGAGAGAGGUUGAGGAAGCUGAUCCAUUCGGGCUCGAUCAGUUCUUGACUGAAGUGAAGAAAGGUAAGAAAGCUAUGGAUAAAGUUGGGUCUGGUGGUACAAUGAGAGCUGGUGCAGGUUCAUCAAUGCGAGAUGGGUACGAGGGUGGUGGUUCUGGUAGAACUCGCAUUGGAUUUGAAAGAGGCCAUUAGGUAACAAUGCUAUCAGUUUUUUUCAUGUACAAUCACUUGGAUUCUCUUCUUAUCUAUAAAGAGUUUCAGUAAUUUGCAUUUGGACUGUACUUUUAACUUGGCCCUUGUUUAUUUUGCUAUUUAAUUUUACUCUAUUACUUGUUUUUCUUGUGUUGGGAGAUUUCCAUUUGGAUUGAGUAUUACUUUUACUUGCAGGUGGUGCAAUUGUAACCAUUAUUAUAGACUA